GUGCAAAUAAAUCGUGUUAGCCAAUUAGCUUUCUAGCUAACGUUAGCCCGUCGAGCUAAUCUUCUUGCUGGAUAAUCCCAGUCUAAACUACCGUCUUUAUCGUCCUGUAAUUCGGUUAAAUUUUUCUUUUAAGUUGUGAGUGGCAGCUUGCUACAGAGGACAGAGACUAAUGAUUCCUACAGUUGUGUGACCGGAUAACCUACCAGCAACAUUUGCAGCAUACUUUACUUAGGUUCGGACACACUACAGAAGGAAAAUGGAGCUCCAUCUGAAUCGAGUUGAUUAUAUUCAGGUUGGUGUGACAUCCCAGAAAACUAUGAGGCUGCUUCCAGCACUGGGAAAAAAGGCCACCCAAAAGGUUGCUAUUGCUGAUCACGAUGGUAUACUUACAUGUUUUGGGAUGAAGAAGGGAGAGGCAGUGCCCGUGUUUAAAACACUCCCAGGGCAGAAAAUAGCGAGAAUGGACCUUGGAGGCGCUGCGGGAACUCCCCAGGAGAAGAUCUUUGUCUGUUCUGGUUCUCAGGUCCGGGGAUUCACCAAGAAAGGCAAACAGUUCCUCACCUUUGAAGCCAACCUAACUGAGAACGUGAACGCCAUGCAUGUCUCAGGCGCUGACCUUUUUGUGUGUGCAAGUUACAUCUACAACCAUUACUGUGACUGCAAGGAUCAAGACUACUACCUCUCUGGGGACAAAAUCAAUGAUAUCACGUGUUUGUCCUCAGAAAACCUCAGUCGCCUUGUCCCAGUCCUUGCAUGCCAAGAUCGUGUUCUUCGGGUCUUACAGGGAUCUGAACUUGCCUAUGACAUUGAAGUCCCUGGCCCUCCAUCUGUCUUGGAACUAUACAAUAGAGAUAUAGGAGAAGAAGUCCUCUAUGGAACCACAGAUGGUAAAAUAGGAUUGGUCCAGAUAGGUGAAGACUCAGCUGUGACCAAAUGGGAGAUUGACAAUGACAAAACGAAAGGAGGAAUUCUUUGCAUUGACACCUAUGAUAUUGUUGGAGACGGAGUGAAUGACAUCCUGGUGGGCAGAGAUGAUGGGACAGUGGAGGUCUAUGGUUUUGACAGCACCAAUGAACCCGCAUUACGCUUUGACCAUGUGUUGUCAGAGAGUGUGACCUCCAUCCAGGGUGGCUGUGUGGGGAAAGAGUCCUACGAUGAGGUCUUGACUGCUACUUAUACAGGAUGGGUGACGGGUUUGACCACUGAGCCCCAGAAGGCUGAGGCCGGUCCCGGAGACGAGGUCAAGAUGAGUAAGGAGACACAGUCUAAAGUGGAAGGACUCAGGGCCGAGCUGGAGCAGCUGCAGGUCAAAGUCCUGCAGGGACGUGAGCAGUACCAGCAGACCUCUCAAUCAAGCACGGCCGUCUCUGCUGUGCCCGUCUUCAGCGUCAACGACAAGUUCACUCUCUGCCAGGACGAUGCCAGCUACAGCCUCACCCUGGAGGUGCAGACUGCCAUCGACAAUGUGUUGCUCCAGAGCGACGUCCCCAUAGACCUGCUGGAUGUGGAUAGGAACUCAGCUGUUGUCAGUUUCAGCGAAUGCGACUCAGAGCAGCCUAAUGGGAACUUCCUCCUAGCAACAUACAGAUGUCAGGCCAACAUUACCAGACUUGAGCUCAAGGUGAGGUCCAUUGAGGGACAGUAUGGGACCCUGCAAGCUUACAUUACCCCCAGACUGCAACCCAAGACCUGCCAAGUCCGCCAGUACCAGAUCAAACCACUGUCCCUGCACCAGCGGACACACAGCAUAGACCAAGACAGGCCGAUGAACAGACUGAACUUGGUUGGGCAGUUCAGUUUCGCAGAGAUCCACUCCUGGGUUGUUUUCUGUUUGCCAGAGGUGCCUGAAAAAACACCAGCAAGAGAUAGCAUCACUUUCUAUUUCCAUAACACCUUCCUUGGCACACAGCUUGAAGCCACAUACUGCAAAGGCGAGGGUUACUUCAAGUCCGACAACAUCUCUACUAUCUCCAUACUGAGCGACGUUCUCUCUAAAGAAGCCACCAAAAGAAAAAUCAAUCUCAACAUUUCAUAUGACAUCAAUGACGACUCUGUGAGCCACACCCUCAAGAUGAUCCAUCCAAAGCUGGAGUACCAGUUGUUGUUGGCUCGAAAAGUUCAGCUUAUCGAUGCUCUUAAAGAGCUUCAGGUUCACGAAGGAAAUGCAGACUUCCUCAUCCCAGAGUAUCGCAACAUCUUGGAUGAAUCUGCCAAUCUCCUGGAGGAGUACAAGAAGCAGCCUGCACACCUUGAAAGGCUUUAUGGAAUGAUCACAGACCUUUUCAUCGACAAAUUCAAGUUUAAGGGCCAGAAUGUGAAAACAAAGGUUUCCUCGUUGUUGGAGAUUCUCAAUAAUUACGAUUUAAAUUCGCUGUUGGAGUUUUUUCAGUGAGGUGUAAUGUCAAAUAGAUGAGAGGGUAUUUAUUUACUUGUCUUUGGGGGUUUCUGUGUUUGUAAUUUUUGUAUUGUAAAUACAGUACAGCAGCUUUGUUUCAUUAUAGUUACUGUGUCAAUGUCAUUGUUGUUAUAUUUUCAUUUAGAUGCUGCUUGUUCUAACUACAGUGUAUAUUAUAUUAUAAUAUUUAACAUUUAUGAUGUCUUUUGAUAGCAUCUUAAAAGGUUGCCAGGAACGUGCAGGUUCUUCUUUUUAUUAGUGGCUUUGUGACUUCUGAAACUUCAGUGACCAAAUGAGAGGCACAGGGAAUGUCUGUUUAUAUGUAUGUAUGUAUGUAUGUAUGUAUGUAUGUAUGUAUGUAUUUCCUAACUUUCAUAGGACUGUGAGUUUCCCCCCUUGAAUUAAAAAUGAGAUGAAAACCA